AGAGAGAGAGAUGAAGAGGCGCCGUGAGAAAGUGAUCUUUUUCUCCCUCCUCCUCCUCCUCUUCCCGUUUUCUCUUCAAAGCAACCAAGACGAAAACCAAGAAUUAUGUGACCAGCAGACUCCAAUGUGCUCGCAAGAAGUGUCCCAGCUAGCCAGGUCUUCAGCAUCGGCCGUUCACCUAACACCAGUGAACGCUCGUGUGCAUUCCGGCGUCCUUGAGGGGUGUGAGGGCGCUUCAGUUACCAUGAGCUGUGUGAACCAAACUUAUUUCUACUUUAGCUACCUUUCUCCCCUCACCACUGUCACCCUUACCUGUGCCGAGGGGAAGUGGGUGCUCUCCUCACCUGCCCCUCAUUUCGUGGAGACUCACCUGUGGGAAACGCGACUUAAUGGAUGUCACGAAAGAGCACAGUGUUACCUGGAGUACUUAUUGGAGAGUGACAUGCGAGUGACGAGUGGCUGGGACGUGGAAGGAGAGUUGGUCACGAAAGAGGGGAGGGUGGAGCGACUGGAAUGGAACGAGAAAGUGGAAGAGGGUGAGACAUUAAUCCUGAAGGGCAGCGAGGGGGACGAGGUGGACAUGACCUGCUACGAGCCUAAUUCACUCCUGUGGUCCCAUAGUGAGGUGGUUUCCCGCUACACCUUCCAUUGCAACGACUAUGGCAAAUGGAAGAGGCGGAAGAACAAGUGCUAUGAAGUUUGUCAGACGCAAAAAGGGGAAGUGUGCCGUUUUCCCUUCCUUUACGGGGGUGUGGAGUACGACAGAUGCUUGGAGGUGGAUGGGCAGGAGUUUCCCAUGUGUGGAGUGGCAUACUAUGUGCAGAACUCCUCGGAACUCCACCUUUGUAAUAUGAAUUCUGACAACAGUAAAUGCAACCAAAAUUCACAUGAGAAAUUAGUGUGUGGAGGAGGGCCGGAGUGCAUUGCCUCCUUGAACCUUCACGGAGAUGCACGCCUUACCUACAGCCUGGCCACUGCACCAAGGGAGGAGGUGGAAGUUUACCCUAGCUAUAUCUCGUCUGACUUACAGGUGGGAAACAGCCUCUAGCAAAGUUGUUGUGUUAUUGUUUGUGGUCUAUUGGUAUUUUGAAGGGUGAAAAUUUGUGUUUGUAUAGCUUUUGCUUGUCCUGGCUAUACUUUGAUGUACUGGUGACAAACAGCCUCUAGCAAAGUUGUCAUUAUGUUGUGACCGAUGUGUAUUUUGAAGGUAAAAAAAUGAGGUUCGUAUAUUUUUCUUGUUUUGUUUUGCUAGUCAUCCUUACCUGACUUAAUCUUUCUAACUUGUCUAAGGCACAUAUUCUGAAACACUUCCGCGCCUCACAGCACCUUCACUACUUUCAAAAGGGGCGCUAGUUGAAGUGACACGGGUUAUUAUUAAUGGUAUUUCUGUAUUUCCAGUGACAUGUUAACAAGUUUUCUGCAUUACUAACAGGACAAAUACUCAAAAGGUUCUAGUUUAAGUGAUGUGAGUUUUAAAGGUAAUUGUAGUGACAUGUUAACAAGUUCUCUGCAUUAUUAACAGGACAAAUACUCUUUAAAACUGGGCUAAUCGUCUCUGUGGUCUUUGAAAAUGGUCGCGGUGAAAGAGGAAAGCAUUUUUUGAAUAUGGCGCUAAACCAACAUAUCACUUUCUAACUCUCUAUCUAUCUGUCUAUCCAUCUACUUCCCUGUCUAUCAAUCUCUACCAUCCUUGCCUGACUUCAUCUUUCUUACCUGUCUAAAUCUACUUCACCUGGAGAACUCUAUCUCACACCUAACUCUCUCUCUAUCUGUCUAUCCAUCUAUCAUCUUUCACCAGUCUUUCGUAUCAAACCUUCCUUAUCUUACCUUUCCUCACCUUCCUCCCGCAGGGUUGUCACGGGGAAAGCUUCUCUCUCACCUGUCCCGAGGGUCACGAGGUGUGGGUGUAUGUCGGGGCAAGUGGGUAUAUCUUCCACCACCACGAGCUUUUCACACAGUGCCUCUUGUCUGAAUCUCAUCUUUAUUUCCUAUACGAGGACGAUUACAUUAGUUAUAUCUUCUAUACUGACAGCGUUUAUGAUAUUCACUGCUCUGCUCCUGUUAGUGAUGCUUCUACUACUACUACUACUACUUCUGCUGCUACUACUACUACUACUACUACUACUGGUGUUACUUUCUUUACCGCUAAUGUUUCUGUUUUUAAUGAUACUACUACUUCUACUGCUGCUACUACUACUACUGAUGUUGCUAAUACUACUACUACUACUGCUGCUGCUAAUGUCACUACUACUACUACUACUGUUGCUAAUGAUUC